AUGUUACCUGUUAUUUUAAAACUGGCUAGCUUUAGUCAAAAUUCACAAAAAAACAAAUCUUCUUUAUUGAAACUUGAUGACCUAAAUAACAAUCAAUUUCCAAAACUUCUUAGAAAUGCAAUAUCAAAUAAAGAUUUAGAAUUAGCAUUAGAUUUAUAUUAUUUGCAGAAAGAUGAUAUAAACAAUUAUAAAGGUUUACUUUAUUUGGAUUAUGUUGAUUUAAUACAGUUAUUGAAGGAAAAAGGGUUAUCAGAUCCAUCAAAGAUUGACAAAAGAUUGAAACAAAUGGAAAGAGCCAAAAGGGAUCUUAUAAAAUUGCAAAUAACUCAUGAUAUUGAAAUUUAUAAUUUAAUAAUUUCAACAUAUUUUGAACUAAAAAGGUAUGAUGGUAUUUGGGACAAUUGGAGAAUUAUUUUACAACAAAAUGAAACACAUCCAAAAACUAUCAUACCAAAUAAUACAACAUUAAAGAUAAUAGUAGAUUCAUUUAUUUAUUAUAAAGAUAAAAGGAAUUUAAAAGAAUUUAAAAGACUUUAUGAAUUGUUUAAGAAAAGAAGAUUUAAAUUAGAUGAUGACAUUUAUUUAUCAUUUGUCAAAAUUUUUGGUGAUUUUGGAUCAGUUAAUGGCUUUGAAAUGGUUUUUAAAGAUUAUUUGAAAAUAAAAUUUUAUGAUCUAAAGCCUUUAAUUUUUGAUGAAUUGAUAAUUCAAUACAUCCGGAAUGAUUUAGAUAUAAAUGGAGCAUUGAAAAUCUAUGAAUUGAUGAUAAAAAAAACCUUAACACCAUCAAGAAAAUCUCUUAUCAUAAUAUUAAAUACUUAUUUUGAAUUGAAUCGAUUUGAAGAGGCUGAAAAUUUUUUUAAUGUUGAAAUCAAAAAAAGAUGGAAUAUUAAUAAUGAUAUAGCAAUAAUUAAUCUUAUGAUAUCUGGCAAUUUUAAAAUAGCUGAGCAUUAUUCAAAUAAAAAUAAGAAUAGUAGUAAAACAUAUGACUACUUGAUAAACUCACAUAUUAGAAAGGCAAUAGAAUGGUAUUAUUAUGUUCUUAAUAAUAAUGAGAAGAUUGAAUUAAAUUAUUCAACUUUUAAUGUUUUAAUUAAAGGUUUUGGUAGAUUCAAAAAACUAGAUCAAGUGAAAAAUUGUCUUAAAGAAAUGAUUGAUUUAAAUAUUAAACCAAAUUUAACAACUUUUGAAAUACUAGCAGAUAUUUAUACUAAACAUCGAGAUUUGCAGAGUGUACUAUUAAUCUGGAAAGAUUUAAUGAAAAUAAAAUCAUCAUUAAAUCCAACAUUUAAUACUUGGAUAGUUUUUAUUAAAUCUUUAAUUUUAUGUAAUAAAGUGGAUUUGGCUUUGGAAUUCAUGAAAAGGGGCCAAAAAAUUUUAAAUAAAGAUUGGAAAGAUCGUAAAUUAAUGGAGGAAUUAUUUAAAG